UGAUAACACCCAUGACGACGACGACGCUGUCGGCCGCCGAGCUGGAGAUGAAGCUCAUGGUCACCAAGACGCUGGAAGCGCAAGGUGUCCUAAGCCACAUCAAGGCGCAACUCCGAGCUGCUGUCAUCAAGGCGCUGCACGACACGUCGCCGUCGCCGUCCAUAAGCAAGGCGCACCUGCUCAAAUCAACCGAGACGCAUCUCGCGCUGUGUGUGAUCGCCGAGUUUCUUCGGCAAAUGGACCUCCACGAGACGCUCUCGGUCUUGUCGGCCGAAGUCGAGAGCCCGCUCUUGAUGGACAGGCGGACGCUCGCCAAAGAGAUUGGUGUGCCCGACGCCUCGGAGAAGAUUGCUCUGCUUCUGACAGCGCUCGCCCCACGGGCGCCAUCCAGUGUCAAGCUCUACCAGGACCCACCAAAGACGACGAGCGCCACAAUGAGCGAGCGCGACGACGACGAGCCAGCACCGUCCUUUUUUUCUGCGAUGCAAAAGCAGUCGCUGCCAGUGCGCUCGGCCGAGCCGCUCGGUCGAUCCCUCGACGACGCCAAGGCUGCGACCACAGUGCUCAAGAACGAAGACGACGACGAUGAAGUCGAGAGUGAGGUUGAAGUCUCUAUCGGCGAUGUGAGCGAAUCGUUUGAAGACAGCAGCGCGUCCCGCGACCCGCCCAAGGCAACCGAGCAACCUAAACCGUCCCCAGCGACGCUCGAGACGUCCGACGACGAGUAUACGUUCAUCUCACAAGCCACGCCGCAAUCCCGCAUGUCGUCCCUGCCGCCUGUCGCGUCAAGCCAAAGCCGAGGCCGCUAUGACGCCGACGAAGACAAGGACGACGACAAGGACGACGAUGAUGACGAGAAACCGUCAGUAGCGAGGCCGACCGUGACAAGUGCCACAGCGAGAGAUGACGAUGACGACGAAGGGAACGCUGCGGACGAAGAAGCGCGUCUGUCGUCACUGGACGCGACGCUCAAGGCGAUGGAAGCUGAAGACGAGACAGGGACGCUAAAGCAGCUCAAAGCCACGCUCCAGCACGAGCUCGACGUCAAGAGCGACGACGACCAGUACGGCAGUGACUUUGAAGAAGACUUUGACGCCGAAGAAGACAUUGCCAGUGACGUUGAGGACGACAUGGACGCGUCCGUGGCCGAAUCCCAAGACGAGUCGUUCCAAGCUCCGGCGUCCGACAAGCGCGUCCGGAGCACCGAUGUGCUCGACGACUACGAUUACGUCGAGACUGUUCAAAAGCCAUAAGUGUUUAGUGGAUUACUCAUUGCUUCGCA